UUGUUUUUAGUGUCACGUGACCGGACGUGCAGAUUCAAAACAUUGAAUAACACUGUGAGCAGCACACAACGGGCUGCCUCACAAUGAUAUACGUCUCUUUUAGCUAACCUCUGUCUCUCGGAGUGACAGAAACUUUGAAUUUUCCGCGUCUCUGUGGCUCCGACAUGGCGGGCCCGCUGCUGGAGUUCGAGACCGAGAUGUUUCUCGGUCUGUUCGGCUGUGACGGGCUGCUGGUGGUGGCGGAGGGGAUGGGGCUCGACCGCAUCCUGCUGCAGUUCAUGCGGGUGUACUCGGAGGAGGGGAGCCUGGUCCUCCUGCUCAACACGACCACAGCUGAACAGGAAUAUUUAACAGAGCAGCUGCGAAUGGAGGGUGUGACCCACCUGCCCAGGACAGUGACCAGCGACAUCCAGAGCACCGAACGCUAUAAUGUGUACACUGAGGGAGGGGUGCUGUUUGUCACCAGCAGAAUCUUGGUGGUCGACUUCCUCACUGACCGCAUCCCCGCUCAUCUCAUAUCAGGCAUCCUGGUGUAUCGUGCUCAUAAAAUCAUUGAGUCCUGUCAGGAGGCUUUCAUCCUUCGUCUGUUCAGGCAGAAGAACAAGACAGGCUUCAUUAAAGCCUUCACCGACAAGGCCACCUCCUUCUCCUCUGGCUUCUGCCAGGUGGAGCGCGUGAUGAGGAACCUCUUUGUCAAGAAGCUCUACCUCUGGCCCAGGUUUCAAGCAUCGGUGAACACAGCACUGGACAGGCACAAGCCGGAUGUGGUGGAGCUCCAUGUCUCAUUGACACCAGCUAUGAGGACCAUUCAGAGCUCCAUCCUGGAUAUAAUGAGUGCCUGCCUGAAGGAGCUCAAACGCUACAAUCCCAGCCUGGAGGCAGAGGACCUCUCCCUGGAGAACACACUAGGAAACUCUUUUGACAAGACCAUCCGUCACUAUCUAGACCCCUUGUGGCACCAGCUUGGAGCAAAGACCAAAGCCCUGGUCCAGGACCUGAAAGUCCUGAGGGUUCUCCUGCUCUACCUCACCCAGUACGACUGCGUGACCUUCCUCAAUCUGCUCGAAUCACUGCGCUCCAGCCAAAAGAUCUUUGGAUCCAACUCAGGGUGGUUGUUCCUGGACUCCAGCACCUCUAUGUUUAUAAAUGCCAGGAACAGAGUGUAUCACAUCCCUGAGAACAAGAAGAAACUCAAAGUGGGAGCAGAGGCAGAGAAACAGAAGUCAUCCUCUGCUUCAGACAUGAAGCGUGAACUUGUGUUGGAGAAGAGCCCAAAGUGGGAGGCUCUGACUGAGGUACUGCAGGAGAUUGAGAGGGAGAACAAGAGCUCUCAACACGAACCAGGUCAUGUGCUGAUCUGUGCCAGUGAUGACAGGACUUGUGCCCAGCUGCAGCAGUAUAUCAAGCACGGCUCUGACCCGCUGCUAAACCGACUGUAUGCCCGAACAAUUGGUAAACGGGACUCUGCUGCAGCCGCUGCCUUCGAGCUCGACUCUCACAAAAAGGGCAAAGGCUGGACUGCAAAAGAAGCCAAGGGGAAGGAGCCCGCACAGAAACAAAACAGAAAACCCACAAAAACUAAAAAACGUCCUUCUCUGACUCUCACCCAGAUGAUGGGGAAAGAGGAGACGAACGAAGCAGUGGCAAUGGGCAGCAGUGGAGAUGAGGAUGAACUGAUGGAGGACGACGAAGGGGAGGAAGAACAGCUGAAGCUGGAUUUGUCAUCAGAUGCCUACUACGGUGUCCUAAAGGAGCCACUGACUGUCAUCCACCCACUGAAAGGUCUCACUGACCCGCACAGCUUGACGCGGGUGCUGCAUGAGGUCGAGCCCAGUUUUGUGGUGCUGUACGAUGCUGAACUUAGUUUCGUCCGCCAGCUGGAGAUCUACAAAGCUUGCCGGCCCGGAAAGCCUCUCAGGGUGUAUUUCCUCAUCUAUGGAGGCUCGACAGAAGAGCAGAAGUACCUGACUGCACUGUCCAAGGAGAAGAGAGCUUUUGAGCACCUGAUCAGGGAAAAGGCUACUAUGGUCAUCCCAGAGGAGAGGGAGGGGCGAGCAGACACCAACUUGGACCUUGCAAGAAAUUUGGAGCCUGCCAAUGCCACCACUAACACUCGCAAAGCAGGAGGCCAGGAGCAGCCCAAAGAGCCCUCAAGAGUCAUCGUGGACAUGCGUGAGUUCCGCAGUGAGCUGCCCUCCCUGCUGCACCGCCGUGGCCUGGACAUCGACCCUGUCACUCUAGAAGUGGGUGACUACAUCCUGACCCCAGAUACAUGCGUCGAGCGCAAGAGUGUCAGCGAUCUCAUCGGCUCGUUGCAGAGCGGUCGCCUCUACACCCAGUGUCUCUCCAUGACCCGCUACUACAAGAAACCAGUGCUUCUCAUCGAGUUCGACCCAGCGAAACCGUUUUCCUUAAUGGCCCGAUCAGAUUUCCGUCAUGAGAUAUCAACCAAUGAUAUUUCCUCAAAACUCACUUUACUCACCUUGCAUUUCCCUCGACUUCGUAUACUCUGGUGCCCCUCUCCACACGCCACAGCCGACCUCUUCCUGGAUCUAAAGCAGGGUCGCUCUGAACCUGAUGCUGCAGCAGCUCAAGCAGUCACAGCUGAGUCGGACACAGUGGCUGAGUCAGCAGACCUCUAUAACCCUGGACCGUAUGACUUCCUGUUGAAAAUGCCUGGGGUCAAUACGAAAAACUAUAGGGCUAUUAUAAAAAAUGCAGACAGCCUGGCAGAUUUAGCCAAACUGAGCCAGGACAAGUUAGCAGAAAUACUCGGGAAUGUUACCAAUGCUAAGUCUUUGUAUGCGUUUCUGCAUAAUGUCGCUGACGUCCCUGCUCCUGUGCAGAAGACCAAACAGAAGACAUGAGAGGCAAUAAAGCAUCUGAAAAUAGUGUUAAUGUAGAACACCAUAGACUGAAUUCACACCUUAUGUUUGUAAAGAUUGAAUGUUUGUCUCUGAAGUAGAUUGUGUUAUAUUAAUGUACAGAAUGAACUGAAAUAAUUCAGAUUUUUCUAUUGUAUUUUAUGACUUUUUAAAAAACUUUAAACUUUGCAAUAAAAGAAAAAAAUCUUUUUCUAAUUUA